UUCGAGGCCAUAGCUUAUUCAUCCCCACACAACCAACCUUGGUUUGCAGAAUGGCGACAGAAACCGACUUUGCUCGAACAGCAUGCUUACAGUGUAGGCAAAUUAAGGUCAGGUGCGACAAGCUAGCCAAUCAGUCUCGCUGCUCCCGAUGCCUUCGGUUAAAUUUCCAAUGCGAAUUCAGACCGCAUGCUCGAGGUCGUAAGCCAAAGAGUGCCAACACUCGACACCUUCCUUCACGACGAGACCACUACAAUCAUUCCAACGACGACCGGUCCUCUGGAGCCGACUCAUAUGAAGCCAAUGACGGGGAUGUGGCAGGCGGUACGUUAUCCCUGCAGGCCGAACUAAACCCAAGCUCUAUAUCAUGGACCACGGUGCAUACUGAAGAUGGGUGUGGAAAACCCAAUCCACUUUCCAAGCGUUCCAUUGCUGUUGCUUCCAGCUAUAAUGAAAAUGCUCUGACCGAAGGCGUGAUCGUCGACUCUGAAGCCAGGCGACUAUUUGAAUUCUUCUUUAGAGAGCUCAAUACCAUGAUUGCUCUCUUUGACCCUCACCUUCAUACCAUUCCCUACACCAUGAAGAACUAUCCAUUGGUGUUCUCGUGCAUCAUUGCUGUUUCCGCCAAGUUCAGUCGACCUGACCUAUUCCCCGCCUGCAGCGAUAUAUGUAAUCGAUUGAUGUGCUUGGCGGCUGUAGAGGAUUUGUGCAAUUUGGAUCAUGUUCAAUCCUUGUCUAUACUUUCCUUCUGGAAGGAGUCAAGUGAUACCACGGAUUGGCGCAAGAUAGGUCGAUCCAUUCGCAUGGCCUUUGAAUUGAAUGUGCAUACAGCGCAUAUGAAGGCCACCAACUCAAGUGAUGAGAUUGUCAACCGAGAACUUAUGAACCGACAGCGAACAUGGAUGCAGCUGUGUUGUUUCGAUGCCGUCUUUUACAACUCUAUUAAUUUUCCCCACACAAGACCCGAAAUGAUACCGCCAGAAUGUCGAAUAGACCCUAUCGUGUGGUACAACUCACACCUGGAAUGGUCUCUUCCCGGAGAUGCACGUCUGGCUUGUUCGCUGGAAUUGGAUGGCGUACGAAGAGAUAUCAAGCUAUUGAAGGAUGUCAUGGCCAUCUCCACCACACCGGGAACUGUCAACAUUCUUAUUCGAGCAGCCCAAUCGAGAUUGAAAUCGUUUCGAAAUCGAUGGAUGAAUGAAAAGACUGUAUUACCUCUGGACGAAUGCACUUCAGCGCAGACGGGUUAUCAUUUGGAGAUCUAUAGUUUAAAAGUCAACGAAGUGGUUUGGCAAUACCAACAGAAAACAAACGCGCCUUUGGAUGAUCAGAAAGUGACGUUCGCAAGCUGUGUCUACGAUGCCACCACCAUCCUUCGCAUGCUUGUGGAUCGAGUGGCCACGCAGAGUUGUUUACGAGCCUCGCAGGAUUGGACUUUCUUGGGUGCCGCGUAUGCAGGAAAGUGGCUCAACCUUCGACGAGACCAUAUUGAUGAGCUCACUCUCCGGGAGGUGGUGGGUGUGUUUAAUGAGGUGAUCAGUGUGUGCUCGACGGAGACGCGUUCGGAUGAUGAACCGUCAGCCUACCUUGCCCGUUUCUUCCAAGCCAUGCUUGCCUUACUGAAGGAAACAGGCAGCAUUCAACGAAGUAAUGACAUAUCCGUCCCUUCCAAUUCUCUCAUACCCAAUGGACAGCCGGCUGUACCAGGACAGGAAAUGGGCUCCAUGGAUGUAUCCCGAAGUGACCUUUUACCAGUGUCAUACGCUCCCAUCAAACUUGUGGAUCUCAAUACCAUUGCUAACCUCCAAGACCAUCACAAUCCAAACACCACCGCUUCGUUUAUUGACUUGUUUGUUCAAGACGCCGAAUACUGGGAUUCCAUGUUUUCGAACUGGCAUACUAUUUGAUGUAUAUAUUUAUAUAUUCUUUCUCGGCCUCAAGAGGAAGAAAAAACAAAUUAAGAAGAUAAACAAGUUGGUGUCCUCCUCCAUCGUAAUACUCUUUCCCCUCCUCUCGUUCCUCAUUUCCAUCCUGUUUAAAGAAGUUUGGGUUGGAUCUGUACAAGUAAAAUUUAACAUUCUUGAUAUUGUACUCAUUUGUAUGCCAUGAUAUAUUUGAAUAUAGUAGUUGAUUGAUCUGUA